AUGGUCAACUCAUUAGUCUGGACCCCUGACGAGGCCAAAUAUCUUAAGGCGAUCUUCCGCUGGCAAGAAACCGUAGCAUCCGCUGAAGAUGAAAAGCGGCGACGAGAGGCCGAAGACGCUGCCCGAAGUGCGUGGGAACAGAAGCCAGCCGCCGAGUUCCGCAUCCUUGUAAUUGGAGGUAGAGGCACAGGCAAAACGGCCCUUCUGACCCGGUUCGCCCAAGGCACCUUCCACGGCGAAGACCACCCUCCGGACCCCUUCUACGAGCGCGGGCGCCGACAUCCAGUCACCCUCGACAUGACGCCGCCCACCAUCACCACCACUACUACUACUACCGCCAGCACUCCCACGUUGCCGACGACUCUUAUUCCCAGUUCACCCAUCACCAAGAGCAACCUCCAACCCCACCCCAACAACAACAGCAACGGGAACCAUCAUUCCCCUCAGACCCAGACCUACAAACAAACCUACAUGAUCGACACCCUCGAGUUGCCCUCCAAGCACCUCCACAGCAACCCAAUGCUUGCCCAGGCCCUCUCCAUCACCGAGGCGGCCGUGCUCGUCUACUCGGUCCGCGACGACGCCUCCUUCCGCCUGGCGCAGGGCCUAGCCGAGUUUAUGCACGAGCACUUUUCCCCUGCAUCUUCUUCUUCUUCUUCUUUUUCUUCUGCCCCGUCCAUCCGUCGUUCUCUUAUUGUUACUACUACUAGUAGCAGUAUUCGUCCCCGUUCUUUCUCGCCGUCUCUGAUCGCGAAACUCGCGGCGGCGGCGGGCAACAUUGAGAACACGACCGCAGUUGGUGGUGGUGGUGGUGGAUGUGAUGACAAAGGCCGAAUCUGCCCGCUUAUCCUGGUCGGCAACAAGAGCGACACCCCGCUGUCCUCCUGCUCCUCAUCCUCCUUUGACGACGACGAACCCGUCGCGGUCCUGCAGUCGCAGCGGGCUGUCGCGCGGAUGCGCAUGCCGGCAGCGGAGCGGACGUUUUGUUUCUCGAGGUGUCGGCCAAGACUGGGGAAGGGGUGGACGAGGUAUUUGAGGUGGUCGGCCAGGAGGUGCUGCGGGUGCGGAGGGAGGUGA